AUGUACAAGUCCUACGCUGAGUUCGAAUUCGGCAGCUCGGCCGCAUCGUCGCCUGCUCUGCAAUCCGCUAUCGAAACUCCACAGGUCACAUAUACGCCAGCCAAAAUUGCGACCUCGGCUUCACCAUCAAACCGGCAGAGUUCACCUGUCGAGGACUCGUCGGAACAUCAUCUGCAGCAACAGAACUCAUCUGCCCGAAGCUCUGCUGAAGUUAAUUAUAACUCACAAAUCAAUCCAAGUCCGAAAAAGGGAUCAAACUCACAAGCCUCGUCACGACCGUCUUCAGCUCUUCAUUAUCCAGCACAACGAUCACCCGUUCGUCCUCUGUAUCUCUCAUCCGACCAAAGCGAACGCAAUUCUAUUCCAGGACCAGGCGAGCCAAGAUCUCUCUCGCCUGUGCCUCGACACCAAGAUACGCGUGGAUCAUCUAUACAAUCUACGCAAUCUCCUGGGAACACGUCGGCACACUCACGCAAUUCGUCUGUAGCGCCCCGACUGCAUUCCCCUGCAGGCGCUUCACAUCGCACGGUCGUCAUAGGCUCGACAGCGGAUUUCGUUCAAGUUAAAGGAUCAAGAAGGAAAUCCGACAGAAUGAAGGCUGAGGAGCGGCCGAGGUUGUUCGGCAAGGCGUCGGAGGACUCUGACGAGGACGAGCCCGACACCCUCAAGGAGCUCACCGAGGACUUCCUGAGCAACAAGUUCAGCGGCCACGCCCUGCCAAGGUCGACCAGUGGCCGCACUCACAUACGGCGGCUGGUGUGGGCGGCGAUAUCCGUGCUGCUGUUCCUGCUGCUGGUGCUGCAGAUCCUCAACCUGACGCAGGAGUACCUGCAGUACAAGAAGCAGGUUACCAUCGAGUUGCUGGAAGAGGACGAAGUCUUAUUCCCAGCAGUGACAGUCUGCAAUUUCAACGUCGUCAAACUUAGCGCUUUGAGAAAUAGUAAAUUUGCCUCCCUCAUGGAGCUCGAGCGCGACUCAGAAGGCGGGAGCUGCGAGGGGUACGCCCAAAAAGCGCCCUGGAUAGUGGAUAAAGACUUCAAGCCCUUCUCUGCUCAAGACUAUUGGAGAGCCGACAACCACAACCAUCCCUACAACCACCACAACUCCAACCACAACAACCACCACCACAACUACAACCACCACCACCACAACUACGACUCGGCCGACUACAACCAUUUUGUUGAGCCUGAACCUACAACCACAGGAGAGCCGACAACCACAACCAUCCCUACAACCACCACAACUCCAACCACAACAACCACCACCACAACCACAACUACAACCACCACCACAACUACAACUCGGCCGACUACAACCACGCAACCAACGUCAUGCCCCACCGUGGCUGAGAGCCAGAACUGCGUGUUCCCGUACUACUAUUUCGGCGUAAGCUACAGCGCGUGUGUGGCCCUCUCUGACGGACGAUCUUGGUGCCCUACUCAGGUGGACGAGGAGGGCCAGUACACCGGCGUGUGGGCGUACUGCGCUGACGGCUGUCCUGUCAUACAGGACUCAUCCAUCCUUCGACGCAGAAAGCGAGCAGUUGAAAGCAACCCAACAGGGAAUGUGGAAGAAUUCCCCGAACCUGAGUUCUAUUCCACUGAAGCUCCUGGAGUCUUCAACGAAAGCCUCAUCAACGACACAUUACUCGAUGAAUCUUUUCGUGAGUACGAGGGUUACGUCCCUCAUUACGACGCUCGCACCCGCAGCGUGAACUGGUGCCACACAGAGCGCCCUACCGACUGCCUCCAAACUAACGGGAUGGAAGACGUUGACCCGUACAACUUCAGUGCGCUGCUGCAGGCGAGCAAGAAGCCUGACCUGAGCGACCUGAAGGAGGCCUUCACUCCCUCGGCUGAAGAAAUUCACGACUUAGGCGUUAAACCUCAAGAGUUUAUCACUGCUUGCACCUUCGACCAGACCAGCUGCUCCUUCAAGGAUUUCUACGUAUGGCAAAGCGACUCAUACGGCAACUGCUUCACGUUCAACUCGCCUAACCUCUACUUGAAGCGCGACGAUGGAGGCUUCGUCAAGGACAACAUAAGGAAGACCAGGAAGGCAGGAUACCAGAACGGCCUCCGCCUCACCCUGAACCUGGACGUAACUAACUACGUGUCGCUGCUGUCGUCCGACCUCGGCGUGCGGGCCGUGGUCCAUCACCCGCGGGUCACCCCCAUCCCUGAGGAGGAGGGCUUCUCGGUCUCCCCGGCCUUCCUUACCUCCAUCGGCAUUAGGAGGAAAGUGAUCCACCGCAUUGGCCCCCCUCACGGGGAAUGUCACCCUCGGGAAUGGGGGACAAACCCCCGCGAGUACAGUCAGACGUCGUGCCGUAUGCUGUGCACUGAACGCCUCAUCCAGAAGAACUGCCACUGCACCAACGCCAUCAACGACCUCCUGCUGGCGCUGCGCACACCCCUACCACGCUGCAACCCCACCAACCUCACCCAGGAUUUAUGUCGCCAGGUGCAGAUCAAAAGAACCACGGAGAAAGAUAUUUGUCACUGUCCUCCCAACUGCGAUGACGAAAUAUACACGCCUCUCAUUUCAACAAACCAGGUCAACAUGAGAUUCUUCAACCUCAUCAAGAACGCCAAAGGCAUUUACGUCGGUGAAGACGUCUGCUCAUUGUCCCAGAACAGCACCGUGAGGCUACAUGUGUACCUGGAGAAUCUGCAGCAAGAAACUAUCACUGAACUGCCCGCUAAAACUAUAUUCUCCUUCAUAGCCGAGGUGGGCGGCAACAUGGGGCUAUUCCUAGGCUUCUCCAUCGCCUCACUUCUUGAGAUCGCCGAGUUUUUCUUCGACGUGUUGCUCAUGGGCGGCUCCUGCAACAACUGUCGUGGGGGCGGUCGUGUGAACAACCACAGCCCCAAGAUGAUGACGCCGGUGCCGCUGCCUCGAGAGAUCGUCGCCACCUCACCCAACGGAUCUGCUACCAACAUCGCUCUGCUGGACCGGGACGACGAGGGUGGGACGAGGCGAGCGUCAGACGAGGCGCUAUUGACCAUCGAUGAGGAUUAUAACGAGUACAACUACCGACAACAAUAGGUCAUAGUUCUUUUAAUCGUUAAUUUCAUAUGCAAUACAUGAUGAAACGUCAAUAAUACAUAAUAACAUAAUAAAACAUUAACAAUACACGAUGAAACGUCAAUAAUUAAUACAUGAUAAAUCGACAGGAAUAUAUAAUAAACUAUAAAACGUAUGAAUUAACGUGUAUAAAGCUUUAAAAAAUUUGUAUAAUUUGAGAUAGAACAAUUUAUUGCAAGGAGUUAGUUACUGCAAAAAAUGAAUUAACAUGUUUGUUUCAAGUCAGGAUAAUCGAUUUUAACUUAGUAAAUUUUGUACAAGAACUGUAAUAUAUUUACAAAUUUAUGUUCGGAUACAGCUUAUGACUCAAGUAAACCACUUAUCAAACCUAUACGGUAAUUUGGAAUCAAACUUCUUUUUUUUAAUUAAACUUAAUUAAAUUAAACAUAAUCGAGCAAUGAUAAUAAUUAUUUGUAAUUAAUGUAGAAACAUAUUUUAGGACAGGCAAGAUC